GCCCCAACCGUACCUUCUCUUUCGCGACACUUCGACAACUUAACCGGUUCAAGUCGACAAAGCAGCCAAGAUGCCUCGCGGACCUAAGAAGCACCAGAAGCGCCUUAGCGCGCCUUCGCACUGGCUCCUGGACAAGAUGUCCGGAACCUAUGCUCCCAAGGCCUCCCCCGGUCCCCACAAGCUCCGUGACUGCCUGCCCCUGAUUGUCUUCAUCCGCAACCGUCUCAAGUACGCCCUGAACGGCCGCGAGACCAAGGCCAUCAUGAUGCAGCGUCUGAUCAAGGUCGACGGCAAGGUCCGCACCGACCCUACCUACCCUGCUGGCUUCAUGGACGUCAUCGGCAUCGAGAAGACCGGCGAGAACUUCCGCCUGAUCUACGACACCAAGGGUCGCUUCACCGUCCACCGCAUCCAGGCUGAGGAGGCUGAGUACAAGCUCUGCAAGGUUAAGCGUGUUCAGCUUGGCAAGGGCGGGAUCCCAUUCUUGGUUACGCACGAUGCGAGAACCAUCCGCUACCCCGACCCCGCCAUUAAGGUCAACGACACCGUCAAGGUUGACAUCACCACUGGCAAGAUCGCUGACUUCGUCCGCUUCGACACCGGUGUUGUCUGCAUGGUUACCGGUGGUCGUAACAUGGGUCGUGUUGGUGUCGUCACCCACCGUGAGCGCCACGACGGAGGUUUCAACAUCGUCCACAUCAAGGACGCCAUUGACAACACCUUCGCUACCCGCGAGUCCAACGUUUUCGUCAUUGGCCAGGACAAGCCCUGGAUCUCCCUCCCCAAGGGCAAGGGUGUCAAGCUCUCCAUUGCUGAGGAGCGUGACCGCCGCCGUGCCUACGCCAUCGCCAACUAGAUGCAGUUCGGUAAGUGUCGUAGGAUACAGCAAAUCAAAAAGCUUUGAAAAAUUCCGCUGGGGAGACGACGUCUUGUCUUGCUUUGUGGGCCUGUAUGACGCCGGUUACGAUAAUAUGAAGCCUUAUUCGGAAUCAAAAAAAGAGAAAGUUCCGUCCACCGGAUAUUCCACAUUGGGCGUGUCCAUGUCUACCACAUCCUGUAGGCUUCCACGUACCAUAGACGCAAAGCAAGGCAUUCUCCUAGUGCUUCUUGUCCU